UCUUUUUAUUAUCACGUGAUACAUGUAAACACUUGAUGAGGAUGGACUAAAUAUUUACUAAGGUCAAAUAAGUCAAGAUGGAUUCUUUGAUGAAUGUAAUUUUUAUUGCUAGUGUUAUUCAUUUGAAUUUUGUUUUUGCAAUACCGCCACCUCUACCUAACCUUGUUCCUGAGGCUUGUAACCUAACAGUUUGGCAUGGGCAUUCAGAUGUGACAUCACAGCGAAUUGUCGUAUUGGAAGGCGAUACCAUUAAUUUGGUAUGCGAUGCCAGAUGUACAAAUGACCAUUACGCACCAGUUCUCAAAUGGAUCAAUCCAAACUACAAGCUUGUGUGGGAUAUUCCUGGAAGAUUGUUCACUGCACCAAUGAACAGCCAUCGUUUACAGACACUUUAUAUACAAGAUAUAUCGGUAGAAGACAUUGGGGUGUAUAAGUGUCAAGGGUGGAUUGGUCACUGGACAGAAACAUCUGUGCAAAUUGCUAUGGAUGAGAUAGACUUACACGAAUAAGAAACGAAGAUGUUGGAUGUCAACAAAGAAAAAAAAGCAUUUUAUGUGCAAUAGUUUUUUUUAUAUAUGACACAAAACAAUUUCUCAGACUUUGCUGUGAUGAUAAGACAAUUGUUAAACAUGAUUUAUUCAAUAUAUAGAAUGUGAAUAUAGUUUUGUAUAUAUGUAAGAGUCAUUUAUGUAUACAGCCUCAAAUUUGUGCCCUUUUAUAUAUUUUGAUUUUUAACUGUUAACAAAACUUUAAAUUGUUCGAAAUACUAAAUUAGAUUAUUGAGUCAGUAAUGGUCAAAAGUUUGCUUGCUUAUAAUAAAUUGGUUCAUAUUGUGUUAACAUCCACAGAACAGAAGUCCACCAAUAAAAACUUGUAAUCUAGCACAUUACAUUUAUACAUGUAGAUCAUUGCUUGGCCUAUAAUGAUAAGUAUAGUAACCGAUUAAGUAAGUUGUAAAUGGGUCGAGGGCAGGAAGCAGAACUUCACAACGUUCCCAAUAAACUAGUUUUGUGAUAUUCUACUAUUGUUCCUACGCUUAUGUUAUGUUCGUCAAAUAAUAUAUUAUUAUGAUUUA